AUGUCCGCACGAUGCACGAGCACGUCCAACUUGUCUGCAUACCCCAUCGGCGCUGAGGCAUCCUCUCCCCUCUCCAUCACUGCUGUAGCACUCUCUCAAGCUACCCAGCAGGGACGUACCGGGGAUGGGCUGACGGACGACGCUCGCGACGAUGAGAAGGCGGAGAACAGUCUGCGUACGCAUACCGGCGCAGCACACAAGUGGAGACGUAGGCAAGCGGGCGGACGGGCGGGCGGACGGACGGACGGUGCUCGCCGUGUGGAUGGACGCAGGUACGAGCGCGCGAAAACAGCAGAGGCGUCCACACCAUCCCCAAGUUCACCCCCGCCUGUCAUGUCUACCUUCGAAGGAAGUUUAUCUCAGGCUCACCUUGAUCGUAUCACGGCUGGCCUUGUGUGCGAAGUCAAAACCAUUCUCGACGAGGACAUCAUGGCGCAUCAGGCCAGUGUUAAUCGGAGGUUCCGUGAACUGCUCGAGGAAAUACAGCGAAUGAGAAACAGUGUUGAGACCGUGAAGCAGCGUCUUUCUGAAUUUGAGCGCGAGGCAGCGAACACAUCCGCUGCCGAUGACCCGACGGUGUGCCAUGGUUGCCAGGGCCAGCAACAUCGCUCUGUAAACCGCGACUUCGUCCAUCGUAGCACAGACCAUCACGAAUACGGAGGUGCCGUCGAUGGGCUGGAUCGCUCGGUCGAUGGGUUGGAUCGCUCGGUCGAAGGCCCCAUCCCUCCUGCUCAUGAGAAGAAUAACACCGUUCAGGUUAGUGGAGAGAACGAGAUUGAACCGCAGCGUCUCGCAGUGAGUGUCAGGCAUCUGGAUGGAACGGUCAUGGAGGGGCGUGGAUCCCGCGUAGAGACUAGCGUCAACCUUAAUGUCUUCUUCUCUUGCCUUGGUGCCUUCUUUUUCUCCCUCCUCUUCUCUUACCUCGGCGCCAUUCUCUCUGGAUAG